CGCUGCUUUCCAUCAUGCUUUCUUAUAUUCGCUAGAGAUUAUCAGUGCUCGAUAUUUGCUUUCGACAAAUUACAGAUCGUUCAUUUCCUCUCUUUUGGCUUCUCGGGAGAAUUAUUUGACGGCGACGAGUUGGACUUGCAUCGAAUUUCAUCGUUAUCCGGCGUAGUGACACGUGCUGCUUCACAAUAUUGUGCCCGUCCACGUGGAGAUAUUCAAAUCCGACUGCCGCUAUAAUUAGCAUUCCAUUUUACGAGUCACCAACACCAUACGAACCGGCGCCCGGAAUAUUCCACUGUGUGUUCGCAUCAUCAGUGAACGUCAGCUCGACCACGAGAUGGGUGUCUUCGCAGCGUCCGUGAGACUCUCCUCCAGUUUCAUGACCGUAGCAACAGGUUUGGUCAUGCUCUCUUUAUGAGCAAUAUUGUGACGUUGUACGAACGAGUAAUCCGAGGACAUUCACUCGGCCCAUUGAAUGACUCAGUAUCAAUUAAAUAUAAUAUUCUGGGUCGGCAAGAUAAAAAUCUUACUAGUUUACUAACGGAGCGAGAUGUUAUUCGAAAAUUGGCUUUGUCGGACUAGGCAACAUGGGCUGUCACAUGGCGAGAAAUCUGUUGACGAAGGGUUAUAAACUCAGCGUGUACGACGUGAACAAAUCAGCGAUAACGGGUCUGGUAGAAAAAGGUGCGAGUGAUGCGUCGAGCGCCGCCGAGGUGUCGAAAGAAGUCGAGGUCAUUGUCUCGAUGUUGCCUUCAAAUCAACACGUUCUCGAUGUCUAUACCGGCGAACACGGUGUACUAAGCGCAGCGAAGGAGAACACUUUGUUGAUCGACAGUAGCACUGUGGACCCGUCGAUAUCGCAGUCGGUUGCUACGGAGGCUCAACGACGUAAUCUGAGAUUCAUCGACAGUCCUGUGUCGGGAGGUGUAAACGCGGCUAAAAAUGGCACGUUGACGUUCAUGGUUGGCGGCACGAAAACGGACUUCGACGCCGCCAAGCCCGUACUCGAAGCUAUGGGAUCGAGGAUAGUGCACUGCGGCGACGUGGGCAUGGGCCAAGCAGCCAAGCUGUGCAACAAUAUGCUGUUGGCGAUCAGCAUGAUCGGCACUGCGGAAACGUUCAACCUCGGACAAAAAUUGGGCUUAGACGCGAAAUUAUUAGCGGAUAUCAUAAAUUCCAGUUCGGGCAGGUGCUGGUCCUCCGACCUCUAUAAUCCGGUCCCCGGAAUUCUGCCUGACGUUCCUAGCUCGAAAAAUUACGAGGGUGGAUUCGGCACGACGUUGAUGGCUAAAGAUCUGGGACUAGCGCAGUCCGCUGCGACGAGAACACAGACUCCAAUUCCGCUCGGCUCUCUGGCGCAUCAGAUUUACCGAGCGGCCAUUGCACAGGGAUUCUCGAACAAGGACUUUAGCGUAAUUUAUCAGUUUCUUAAAGGUAAAAGUUGAAAUACAAGACGAAUUUAUUUGAUAAAUAUUCAAUUUAUGUUUCCUAAAACCAUAUCCUAUCUGCGAAAGAAUGAGCGAAUUUUAUAUCAGGAAGAUUUUGCUAAAAUAAAUACUUAUUUUGUUUAUUGUUAA